UACACACAGGAUCUGACCACAGAUCAGACCCAGAGAGGCUGGGGCUGGGGAGACUGGGCUGUCCUCCUGCUCCUGGCUCAGAGUAUUUACCUUACGGUAACCCAAGCCCGAGGACUGUUCAUUCUCUUCGGGAUUCAGGUGAUGCAUUAGAGACUGGCAAUGAUCUGUCUUCUUACACUACAGAGAUGGACCCUGGCAUCAUGCCCUUGGGCUUAGAGACACAGACUGAUCUGUCUAGAGGGGACUGGAACCCCUACCGUAGUAGUGUUUACUCUGAAGGGUGCCUAGAUAAGAAAGGGGAGGUUCUAGUCAUAGAUGAAGUCACUGUGAAAGUGGAGGGCGACGCUCCUCUGAAAUGGAAUGUAGAUAAGACUCACUUAGGAGGACACUCACAAGGCAGAGAUUUCUUAAAUUACAGGGAAAGCUUAGAGACAAAUCCAAAUGUCACAACCCACUCCCCUUUACACACGGUCAGGGAUCAUGAGUCAGUGUCCACGUCGAUGGGACCUUCKAAMUCACAGGACCGCGUCCUUUUCGAUCAGGUAUUGAACUCAAAGGGCCAAAAGGCCAAGGCACGGGGUAGAGGAGCAACAUCAGGCAAAAGUAAAGAGAAACGGUUCUUAUGCAUGUUCUGUAACAAAGGCUUCAGCUGCCCCCAGAAGGUGGAGAUCCACCAGAGGGUCCACACAGGGGAGAAACCCUUCGGAUGUACCCAGUGUCAUAUGCGCUUCGCUGAGGCUGGCAACCUGAAGAAGCACCAGAGGGUCCACACAGGGGAGAAACCAUUUGGCUGUACCCAGUGUCACAUGCGCUUCGCUCAGGCUGGUCACCUGAAGAGACACCAGAGGGURCACACAGGGGAGAAAUAAUACAGCUGAUCCCAGUAUGAGAACAGAUUCUCCAGCCAGCACCAGUUGAAGAUGCACCUGAAGGGCCACACGGGUGAAAGGCGGUUCACCUCUAUGCAUUGCGGGAAGAGGUUGUCAGAGGAGCUACCUCAGAAUACACCAGUAGAAAAAACAUUCCACUCUAUAGCCUCUGAUGUUUUAGAUUUAAACUUGCAUUAAAGACAAAGAUUAAUUUUCAUUAAUGUCAACAGAAAAUCAUUUGGAAUAACCAGAGAACAGAUUUCAGAGUUGAAUAUUCCUGUGUAGAAUAUUGCAUCCAGACAUUGUGUGAUAUACACUGAGUGUACAAAACAUUAAGGAUACCUGCUCUUUCCA